CUCUCUGCUUUUCAUGGGCAGCAGCUCAGCUUCUCUGCAGCACGUUGUCUGAGAGCCUCAGUUCUGCUUAUACAAGUUUAUUCUGCAAAUAAAAAAUGACCUUUAAAUUAAUCCGUGACCAUGGACAGCAUUAUAGACCUCGAAUGGCCUGUCUCACCAAGCUUGAGGCUUUGGUGCUGGCAAUGCAGGACGCAAAAUCUGGGGUAAAGAAAUCAGAGCAGAAACUGAACACCACUUCCAUUCCACAUGUGAUAGCAGGACAGGACAUUCUUGCAUGGAUUGCCGGUUAUAUAAAGGUGGAUAAUCAAGAGGCUCGGGCAAUCUGCACAAUGUUAGUUGCUUUCGGUUUCAUCUACCCACUGCAAGAUCACAAGCGACUCAUCCUCAAGCCAGAUGGCAGCCUUUAUCGCUUUCAGACUCCAUACUUCUGGCCGGUGCAAAAACUCAAGGCAGAAGACACUGAUUAUGCGAUUUAUCUGGCAAAGAGAAACAUUCGAAAGAAGGGGACACUUGAUGACUAUGAGCAGGAGAACUACAACCGCCUUCAUAACUGGCUGAACCACAAAUGGGAUUUUAUUGUGAUGCAAGCCAGUGAGCAGUACAGAGCGGGAAAGGAGAGGAACAAAUCCGACCGGGUUGUGUAUGAUUGUCAGGAAAGGGCCUACUGGAUAGUACACAGGCCUCCACCUCAAACUCACAGUGCCAUGGACUACGGAUUGGAUCGGCUCAUAGAUCCUAACAGAGAAGAGAAAAAAACCAUUGACUACUAUAGAAGAAUUAUCAUCUACAUGCAGCAGGUAAUCAUGAGGCCAAGGGUCAAAUCCUCAGUGUCCCUGGGAGCCCUUGUGAAACACAUGACAACUUAUCAGGACCAUGACCCGUUUCUCAAGCCAUGUGUUCCCAGCAACCCCUGGCAGACUGAUGAUGUUACAUACUGGGAUCUGAACAUGAGGAAUGUUGAAAUCCCUACAAGGAUGAGAGUCGAACGCUGGUCCUUCAGCUUUUACGAGUUGCUCAACGAUCCACGCGGCCGUGCCGACUUCAAACUCUUCCUGAAGAAGGAAUUCAGUGGUGAGAAUUUGGCUUUUUGGGAGGCUGCUGAGGAGAUGAAGUGGGGAGCUGCAGCAUCCAUGUCUGAGAAAGCUGAGACUAUUUUCAAAACAUUUUUAGCUCCAGGAGCUCCACGAUGGAUUAACAUCGAUGGUCGGACGAUGGGACUUACAGUGAAGGGUUUACAACAUCCACACCGCUACGUCCUGGAUGCAGCCCAAACACACAUUUUCAUGCUGAUGAAAAAGGACACAUUUUACCGCUAUCUAAAGUCACCUGUUUACAAGGACAUUCAGAAAAAGGCGAUCUCGCCCGUGCCACACAACUUCACUGACGCUCAACUGGAGCAAAACGCCCGAAACCGUAAGCCUGCUAUCAACCCAAUCAUCCUGUGGCAGCAGGAACAGGAGAAAAAAGCCAAAGCGGCUGCUGCAGCCGGACCAAUCGAUAUCAAAAAACUAAUGGCCAGCAAACUGGACCGCAAGUGAUGGAGUUAAACAGAGCUGAGUUUGCCAUUAAAUAAGAAUCCCAUUGUACAUAUGGUGUGUAUUUAUUUUAUUAUUACAAUGAAACCAGUAAAACUUCGAUGUUUAGAGAGAAUACAGAAUGAUUUAUCCUGACUGCAGUUCAUUUUCUUUAUAUAAUUGACCUGGUAGGCAUGUGCUCCUAUUUGGUUUUAUAAUAUUCAGAUUGCAACCUGAGCAACAUUUUCUUCAUCCAUGGUUCAUCCUUUUUAUUUAUUUUAUUUUUUUAGAAGCUUGUGACCCUUGUAUCCUUGAAUACAAACUUUCUACAUUGCAUUAAUAAUGACACUUGAGAGAGAAGAGAAAUGUUAUUUUGAUUACUCUGUAUGUAUGCAUAUAUGGUGGCAUUGACAAAUUAAAAACCUUGAAAUUCAAA